CAGAAAACAACCACGCACGGUCCGGAAACCGCCCUCCCUGUAUCGCCCCCUAAUUUGCCCCCUCUCCCGAAAAGAAACCCUAAGGAUCGACCCCGCCUCGCCGGAGAUCCGCGGCAGGGCCACAGUCUCCGAUCCCCAAGCAAGCGAAGGAGGAGGUGAUGGAAGGACACGGCUCCCGGUCGAAGAAACCUAGAAGGCAGCCCUUCUCUCUCAACUCCCAGGAUGUGAUGGGAGACGUGGGUUUGGAAGGGCUCGACGGAAUGGAGGAUGAUGAGUUGGAUGAUGGUAAUGCCGGGGCUGAAGUCGAUGACAGAGUACCUGAGGUGGGCAUGGUGUUUAAGAAUCAUCAAGAGGUUUCCAGAUUCUACAAGAGGUAUGCUCGCCGGGUUGGGUUUGGCAUUGCGAUAAGAAGAUCUGCCUUCACUGAAGACGGCCACUGCCUGUACCUAGAGCUGAUGUGCUGCAAGGGAGGUCGGAAUCGACCUGAGGCCAAGUACCGGAAAAGGAACUCAGCAAAGACGAAUUGUCCAGCUAGAAUCAAGGUGAAGCUGUGGGGAGAUGGGAUGCUGCACUUGGUCGUGGCUAAUAUUGAUCAUAACCAUCCGGUUAGCCCCUCGAUGGCACGGUUCUUGAGCUGUUAUAGGCAGCUAUCAGGUGCUGCCAAGAAGCGCGCUGAGCGUAACAAGGAUGGAGAGACAGUACAGCCAAGAUUGCCUCCAAGGAUGCCCAUUGAGCGAUUAAGCGCGCUUGAAGAACUACUUUUUAGUGAGAGUGAACAUAGGAGUUUUGUGGAAAGGGGUCGAUUGAAGCUCGGAGAAGGGGAUGCCGAGGCACUUCGUCUCUUCUUUACUAGAAUGCAGGCGAAGAAUACAAAUUUCUUCAAUGUCAUUGAUUUGGAUGAGGAAGGCUGUGUUAGGAAUGUAUUCUGGGCAGAUGCACGGUCAAGAGCUGCUUAUCAGUACUAUAAUGAUGUCGUUGUGCUUGAUACGACCUAUGUGAUAAAUAAAUAUGAUUUGCCUUUGGCCACCUUUGUUGGGGUGAACCAUCAUGGUCAGUUGGUGCUCUUGGGUUGCUGUUUGCUCUCGGAUGAGACCAUGGAGACCUAUGUAUGGUUGUUCAAGGCAUGGAUAGCAUGUAUGUAUGGGGAGUUUCCUAAGGCCCUGAUCACCGAUCAAUCUAAGAGCAUUCAGAGUGCGGUUGCUCAAGUGCUCCCUGAAGUUCGUCAUCGCAUAUGCUUGUCGCAGAUAAUGAAAAAAGUUCCUGAGAAAUUAGGUGGAUUAGCGGAGUAUAGAGCUAUUAAUAAGGCAAUGCAAAAGGCUGUUUAUGAUUCUUUAACAGCUGAGGAGUUUGAGGACGACUGGAGAAGGAUGGUUGAGAUGUAUGGACUUCAUGGUAAUGAAUGGUUCAGGUCAUUAUAUGAAUGCCGACAUUCUUGGGUCCCUGUUUAUCUAAAAGACACAUUUUGGGCAGGUAUGUCGACCACCCAACGUAACGAAACUAUGGUUGCAUUUUUUGAUGGGCAUGUGGAAGCAAAGACUUCCCUGAAGCAAUUUCUUAGUAAAUAUGAGAUGGCAUUGCUGGAUAAAUACGAAAAGGAAGCUCAAGCAGAUUUUGAGACAUUUCAUAAGAGACGACCGUCUGUCUCAAAAUUUCACAUGGAAGAGCAACUGUCCAGAGUAUACACACUUAAUAUGUUUAAAAAAUUCCAGGAUGAGAUUGAGGCCAUAAUGUACUGUCAUGCAUCACUGGUCAAUGUAGAUGGGCCGGUAUCUACUUUUGAUGUCAAGGAAUGUAUCUUUCUUGAUGAUGGCAAGAGGACAAUGAAUAAGAAUCACGGAGUUUUAUACAACACAGAAGAGAAGGAGAUUCAAUGCAUAUGUGGUUCUUUUCAGUUUAGAGGGAUUCUAUGCAGGCACGCUUUGUCUGUAUUAAAGUGGCAACAAGUGCAUGAAAUUCCAUCUCAAUAUGUUCUGGAUCGGUGGAAAAAGGACUUCAAGCGAUUGCAUGUUCUGGCUCGAUCUUCAGAUGAUGUGAUCGCUAAUAAUAGAGUUGACCGUUAUGAUUAUUUAUCAAUGCGAUGCCUUCAGCUGGUUGAAGUUGGAGUACUUUCAGAUAAAUACCAACUUGCUCUAAAGUUGAUAAAAGAGGUGGAGAAGUUUCUUCUUAGUGACAAAACACAUGAUGAUACACAACCUAGGAUUAAGCUUCGUGUUCCCAAAGCAAACAGAUUGAACCGGAAUCACAAUCAAAAUGCUGGAAAGAGUGUGGCUUCUGAAAAUGGAAAUGCAGUGCAACUUCUUGGUGGGCAGCCACAAAUGAAUGAGGCCCAUGUAGAGCCUCCUCAUGGAAUCACAAAGGCUGCUGAUGGUAGCUAUGAGUUCCAAGGUCUUCCGACUCCGUAUCUUGCCACCCAAAUCAGGCUUCAACCAAACACGAGACCAACGGAAGGAGGAAACACAGCUGUCUUGCCUCCUCGUGGUCAUUUUGGUAUACCACUGAAUGGGAACCAAACAACAAUGAGACCAGGCAUAGUAUACAUGUUCCCGGGUGGGUUUGACCCUCAGACUUUUGGAAACGGGCCUAUGAUGCCAUGGAUCUAUCAGCCAAUGCUCCAGGCUACUCAGAACCCAAAGGAUUCGCCUGCUCCGACAGUUGUCCCACCAAAGAGACGAAAGAUGUAUCGUGGCCACAAGUCUUUGCAAGCAACUCAAGAACCAAAAGAAACUUCUGGUGCAACUGGUUAAUGGAAAGUGCAUGAAGUUGUAGAAUAUAGCCCUAGUUUUAGCACAUUUGUAUGUUAGGUCUGUAAAAAGCAGUUGAGAUCCAAAUGUGCAUUUGGAGGAAGAUUGAAGUCUUGAGGGAAAAUCAAGAUUUCAGCAUCAAGGCACAAUUUAUAUGGGAUCACUCAUGGUACAACCUGCAACUUGGAGGAGCUCCCAAGUCUCACUACUUUGGGAUAUGUCGGCUCUUCAGAAGUCUCGUUUAUGGGAUAUUUCUAUAUCUAUAGAAGAAUGAGCUUGCUGGAAAUAUAUAAUUCAUGUUGGAAGCUUGUAUCAGUUGCCUGUUUCCCUAAAGUCUAUGUUAAUUACCUGAAUGUAAUUCUACCUUUACCCUGGGUAGGAGGCAAAUUAUCUGCAUAGCCUUGCAGCUGUAAAAUUGUGGGAGUUUGUUGAUUGUGCCAAGGAAGCCUUUGAUGUCAUGGACAUUAGCAUUUCCAAAUAGGUGUGGUUUAUUUACUUAUAAUGAUUGUUUGUGACUAGCUUUCCAAGAAUUUUAAUCUGCUUGUCUUAUGAAUA